CUGAACACAGACUGGAACAAAUAUGAUGACAGGUUAAUGAAAGCAGCUGAAAGAGGCGACGUGGAAAAAGUUUCAUCAAUCCUUGGCAAAAAAGGAGUCAGUCCUACUAAACUGGAUGUGGAAGGGAGAUCUGCAUUCCAUGUUGUAGCGUCGAAGGGAAACCUGGAUUGCUUGAACACCAUCCUUAUUCAUGGAGUUGAUAUCACAGCCACUGACGCUGCAGGUAGAAACGCAUUGCACCUAGCUGCAAAAUAUGGACAUGCUUUAUGUUUGCAGAAGCUGUUGCAGUACAACUGUCCAACGGAGAAUGUGGAUCUUCAAGGAAGAACUGCUCUUCAUGAUGCAGCUAUGUCAGACUGUUCCUCUAGCAUACAACUACUGUGUGAUCAUGGGGCCUCAGUGAAUUCAAAAGACGGAGACGGGAGGACACCGCUAGUGCUGGCCACUCAGAUGUGUCGUCCCACGGUUUGUCAGCUUCUGAUAGACAGAGGAGCGGAUGUUAAUGCCAGGGACAAACAGAACAGGACUGCCUUAAUGUUAGGCUGUGAAUACGGCUGCAAGGAUGCAGUAGAAGUUUUGCUCAAAAACGGUGCGGAUGUUAGUUUGACUGAUGGCCUUGGUCAUGACUGUGCUUACUAUGCCAGAAUUGGUGACAAUAUUGACAUUUUGGCUUUAAUAAAAGCUGCUCUUGAGGAUUCCAGCAAAGCAAGAGAUACCAUGAAGAAAGGGCAACCUGAACAAAAGAUUACUAAUAUGUCACAGAAGUGGAAUCGGCUGCAUGCGCAGGAGGAGGUGAAUGUCAGGCUGUAUCAGAAGGAACAUAACGCUCAGGAAUUGGAGUUAGAAAAUCAAGAUUUGAAAGAUCGAAUGAGAGAAGUACAAGAGGAGCAAAGGAUGCUGCUGGAUAGAAUCAGUGGGCUACAACUACAAUUGAAUGAGGAGCAAAUGUUUGCAGAUGAUCUUGAAAAUGAGAAAGAUGAGUUGAAGAAAAUCCUAACUACCAAGGAAAAACAACAGGAAGAAAGCUUAAGAACUAUUGAAGCACUUAAAGCUAAACUCAAAUAUUAUGAAGUUGACUUUGUAGGAUCUGGAAGUAACUUUGGUAAUAGAAAAGAAGAUAUAUUACUUAAGCAAGGCCAAGUGUUUGCUGUGGAAUCACAGUCUAGGUCAAUGCUGAGACCCCUGGAGCUCUCCCUGCCUAACCAAUCAUCCAGUUCCGAGAAGGAAGCUUUAAAGAAAGAACUUGACAACGUGAGGACCUGCUAUGGUGCGGCAAAAGAAGAAAUCGGCAAACUGCAGAGAGAACUUUCUCACAAGGUAUCUGAAUGCAAAGCUUUGGCAUCUGAGUGCGAAAGAACCAAGGCGGAAUCUGAUGGACAGAUAAAACAACUGGAAGAUGCUUUAAAAGAUGUGCAGAAAAGGAUGUUUGACUCUGAAGGCAAAGUUAAGCAAAUGCAGACCCACUUUCUUGCUCUGAAAGAUCACCUGACUAAUGAAGCUGCUUUGGGAAACAGUAAGCUAACAGAGGAGCUGAAAGAUCAGUUGAAAGAAAUGAAAACGAAGUAUGAAGGAGCCUCUGCUGAAGUGGGAAAACUAAGGAACCAGAUUAAGCAGAAUGAAUUGCUGGUGGCGGAAUUUAAGAGAGAUGAAGGAAGGCUAGUGGAAGAGAAUAAAAGGUUGCAGAAGGAACUUGUUAAGUUGGAGAUGGAACGAGAUAAAAGGGGAAGAAAUGUCAUGGAGUUAGAAGGGCAGCUCAAAGAAACAGCAGCAAAGUUAGCCCACUCUGUAACUUCAGAGAAAUUUGAAAACAUGAAGAGUUUGUUGUCAAAUGAAGUGAACGAGAAAGCAAGGAAGUUAGCAGAGAUGGAAGGAGAGCGUGACAAGCUGCAGGCAGAGAUUCUGCUUUUAAAGAGGGAAUCUGAGAGUCAGAAAGCUAAACUAGCUCAGCAUGUAAAGCCAGAAGACCACGAACAAAUGAGGAGUGGGUUUGAGCAAAAAAAUGAGGAACUUGAGAAGACAAUUUCUGAACUAUCACAGAAGAAUCAGACUCUACAGAUGGAACUUGAAAAAUUGCAGAUUGAUAACAAAAUGCUUAAGCAGCAAAUCCAAAUGCUAAAAACUGAAAUAAAAAGCCAGAAUGUGCCUUUAAAAAUUCAUGAAGAACUGAAGAAAACAAAUGAUCUGGCCGUUGGUGACCUGACCAAAAAGCUUUUUGAAAUAACAAAGAAGUACAAUGAAAGCAAAGCAGAAGCUGAAAAGUUGCUGGCAGAGAACAACCACCUAAGUGAGAAUAUCAGCCACUUCCAAGCUGUAUACCUGUCUCCAGAGCAGCACAAAAAAGAAGUGGAAGCCUUAAAAUCUAAUGGUCUUGAACUUGAAAAGCAGCUUGCUGAGCUUCAGAAAAAAUAUGAUGAUGAGCAAGCAAAAGCAUGCAAACUAGUCUCAGAAAAUGCAGUCAUAAGGGAGACUCUCAGGGAUCAGUAUGUGUUGGCUACAACACAUGAGGAGGUUAAAACAGCCUUGAAUAACACACUAGAGAAGACUAACAGGGAGCUGUCGGAUCUGAAGGAAAAAACUGAAGAGAUAAAGCAAGAAUUCCUGAGGGUAAAUGAAGAAAAUGGAACUUUGAAAAAUAAGGUGAAACUCUUACAGAAUCAAUUACAAACUGAGCAUAUAAGUUUAAAAGAUCAUGAAAGUACAGUGACUGCUUUAAAUAAAAGUAUGCAAGAACUUCAGGAGAACAAUGUUGCAAUUACGGCUGAAUAUAAGAGGGGUCAAGAAGAAAUUUUGCAGUUGCAUGCAGAAAUUGAAGCCCAAAAGAAGGAACUUGACACAAUUCAAGAAUGCAUUAAGUCAAAAUAUGCCCCAGUUGCCUCCUUUGAAGACAGAAAGCAAAGCUUUGAAGCCACAGUAAAGGAAUUAAAAGCACAGUUGCAGGAACAGAUGCAGAAGUACAGAGAAAGUGAGGAGGAAAACAAGAAGUGCAGACAGGAGAACGAAAAGCUCAAAAAUGGUGUUUUGUCCAUCCAAAAUGACUUGCAGCAGAACUAUAUCCUUGCUGAGAAAUCCCGUGAAAUGGAAAAAAUGUUUGCAAGCAAAAUGGAGGAGUUGAAUAAGCAGUUGAGGGAAUUGCUGCAGAAAUACACAGAUGAUAAAGAAAAAGAUGAGCUGCAAGAGAGUCCCAAGCAGCCCGUAACUCUGCAGGCUCAGCCCCUCACAGUAGAACAAAUUGAAGCCUUGAAGAAGGCUCUUGGUCACACGAUAGAGGAUCUAAAGGAAGCCCUCCGAAGUAAGAAGGAAUGUUAUGACAAAGAAACGCUAAAAGUAGGAGAUUUGUCAGGUCUAAAAGAGUCUUCAAUACCUUUGGUAGAAUAUACACAGAUGAAGGAAAUGCUAGAACAAGAAAUUGUAGUGAUCAAAAACAGCUUGAAAGAAAAGGAAGAAGAAAACAGAGUUAAAAAUGAGGAGAUCUUGAAGUUGCAGUCUGAGAUUCAGCUUACUCAACAAGCUUUAACAGACCUGGAGAGUAAAGAAGUGAUUGACAUGUCAGAAUACAAAUCCAUGAAAAGUGCUCUGGAGGCCCAGAUUAAUAGCAUAGCUGAGAACUUGUCCAAUAUGAAUAAAAAGUAUGAGGAAGCAUGUGAGGAGGCUUUGCAAGCUAAAAAGAGUGAGCUUUCUUUAAAGGAUGAAAAGGAGUUGCUUCAGUUACGGAGUUGUAGUAUUGAGCAAGAAAUUAAAGACCAGAAAGAAAGGUGUGAUAAAUCAUUGACAACAAUUAUUGACUUGCAGAAGAGAAUACAGGAAUCUGCAAAGCAGGUGGAAGCCAAGGAUAACAAGAUAACAGAGCUGCUUAAUGAUGUAGAGCGGUUAAAACAAGCUCUUAAUGGCUUGUCUCAGCUUACAUACACCUCCGGAAUUCCCUCAAAGAGGCAGAACCAGCAGGUUGAAAUGCUCCAGAACCAAGUGAAAACACUACAACAGCAGCUAGCUGAUGCGAAAAGGCAGCAUCAAGAGGUAGUUUCGGUUUAUCGGACGCAUCUUCUUAGUGCUGUACAGGGUCACAUGGAUGAAGAUGUCCAAGCUGCUUUACUACAGAUCAUUCGAAUGAGACAGGGACUUGUUUGCUGACGGGCUUAGUGCCAUUGCUCUUGAAGGCUGCUGCAUCUUGUACGAGUGCUGUGAUUACGGUAGUGAUAACCUUCAUGAGAUUUAUAAAAUUAUGAUAAUAUAGCU